CGCCCCCCCUCCGCGCCCUCCAGCGGGAGGGCGGAGCCACCGGCCCCGCCCCGCGCGCCGUGCGUGGCGCCGCUUCCGGCUGGGGACGUGGCUCCGGCGCCGCCAUCUUGUGGGGUCCCCGAGGGCCGCGGAGCGAGCGGGAGCGGAGCCGCCGCCAUGGUGCUGCUGGCAGCGGCCGUGUGCACCAAGGCGGGCAAGGCCAUCGUGUCGCGGCAGUUCGUGGAGAUGACGCGCACCCGCGUCGAGGGGCUGCUGGCCGCCUUCCCCAAGCUCAUGAACACGGGCAAGCAGCACACCUUCGUGGAGACCGAGAGCGUGCGCUACGUCUACCAGCCCAUGGAGAAGCUCUACAUGGUGCUCAUCACCACCAAGAACAGCAACAUCCUGGAGGACCUGGAGACGCUGCGGCUCUUCUCCAGAGUGAUCCCCGAAUACUGUCGGGCGCUGGAGGAGAACGAGAUCUCGGAGCACUGCUUUGACCUGAUUUUUGCCUUCGAUGAAAUCGUUGCCCUGGGCUACCGUGAGAAUGUCAACCUGGCGCAAAUUCGGACCUUCACCGAGAUGGACUCGCACGAGGAGAAGGUGUUCCGGGCCGUCCGAGAGACGCAGGAACGCGAAGCAAAAGCCGAGAUGCGCCGCAAAGCCAAGGAGCUGCAGCAGGCCAGGCGGGACGCGGAGAGGCAGGGCAAGAAGGCACCGGGCUUCGGCGGCUUCGGCAGCUCGGCCAUGGCCGGCAGCACUGCGGCCACCAUGAUCACCGAGACCAUCGUGGAGACGGAGAAGCCCAAGGUGGCGCCGGCGCCCGCCAGGCCUUCAGGUCCUAGUAAAGCCUUGAAACUGGGCGCCAAGGGGAAGGAGGUGGACAACUUCGUGGACAAGCUGAAGUCAGAAGGAGAAAACAUCAUGACUGCCGUAGGCAAGCGCUCAACGGAGGCGGCCAAGGUUCUCGCUCCUCCUGUUAACAUGGAGAGUGUGCACAUGAAAAUAGAGGAGAAAAUUUCCCUGACUUGCGGCCGAGAUGGAGGGCUGCAGAACAUGGAGCUGCACGGCAUGAUCAUGCUGCACAUUUCCGAUGAGAAGUUUGCCCGGAUCCGCCUGCACGUAGAAAAUGAAGACAAGAGGGGCGUGCAGCUGCAGACUCACCCCAACGUGGACAAGAAGCUGUUCACCGCAGAGUCGCAGAUCGGCCUGAAGAACCCGGAGAAGUCAUUCCCCAUCAACAGUGACGUCGGCGUGCUCAAGUGGAGGCUGCAGACCACCGAGGAGUCCUUCAUCCCGCUCACCAUUAACUGCUGGCCCUCGGAGAGCGGGAACAGUUGCGAUGUCAACAUCGAGUACGAGUUGCAGGAGGAGAGCCUGGAGCUGAACGACGUGAUCAUCACCAUCCCCUUGCCGUCUGGUGUUGGCGCCCCGGUGAUUGGGGAGAUUGACGGUGAGUAUCGCCACGACGGCCGGAGAAACCUCCUCGAGUGGUGCCUGCCAGUGAUAGAUGCCAAAAACAAGAGCGGCAGCCUGGAGUUCAACAUAACGGGGCAGCCAAACGACUUCUUCCCGGUGCACGUCUCCUUCGUCUCCAAAAAGAACUACUGUAACAUCCAGGUUACCAAAGUGACCCAGGUAGACGGGAACAGCCCUGUGAGGUUUUCCACCGAAACCACCUUCCUGGUGGACAAGUACGAAAUCCUGUAACGCCAGCCGUGGGGAAUCGCAAAGGAAGAAAUUUUUAAAUUAACAAAAAGAAAAAAAAAAAGAGGCCGAAGUUUAUUCCGAAGGUGGGGAAGGCUGCAGCCCCCUCUCUGCUCCGACGCGUGGCUCUGCCUGCCGAGUGCAGCGUCCCUGCGUCACAGACACUUGUGGCAGAGAAUCGCCAUGCCCUGGGGGGAAAGGCCACAAAUUCCUUUGGCAGAUUUUGACCAGCCGGCAGAAAAGCAAGAUCUCCACAGAGAACCCGGGUUCGACACAUCCCCUUCUCCGCGAAGACGACCAGAGCUUGGGCCCAGAGCCCACCAGACAUCGUUCUCGUCCUUUUGGAAGCGUCGCACGCUGUCCCCUUCUUGGUGCUGCCAGUUUAAUUUCUCCUCGGGCUUCAGCUCUGGUUUCUGUUGGCAUUACGAUCCGGUGCGCGGGGGCACCGGCUGCUCCGGCCCCUUCCCCGGGUGAACGCAGAGCGGCUGGACGCGGUUUCAGAGGCGGGGGGUGGGAGGAGGGACUCGGGGUUUGCUCCCCCGGCCCCGCACGGUUCCCGCUGUCACCGUGGCACAGUGACCCUGCGGCACAGGGCGAGCGUGCAGAGCGCCUGUCCUGUGCGCGGGCUCGCUGUCUGCACAGCUGAUCUUGGGCCAGGUUUGGGGCCAGUUUAAUGAGGUUAGAACCAGCUGUAUGUCCUUUGUGCGGCCCUUUGAGUGUGUGGGGAGGCUGAAGGCUUUGCCUGCUGUGGUGCGAGCAGCUGUGGAGAUGGUUACUCAGCCUGUGCAUGGGGACCUGCCCCAAACGGGUGUUUUCUCAGCUCUUGGGGACGCAGGAGAAGGAAGCGCGGGUUUGCAGAAGCCCUGGGCUGACGCGAGCGCGGGCAGCGCGGCUGCGGUGUGUGCGGUCCCCGAGCUGUUCUUCCUCCCGCACCGCGCAGACCCGAGUCCCUCCAAACUCGUCUCACCCUGGGGCUCAGGGCCCGUCUCUAACGGCUUCGCUGGCCGCCGGCGAGCUCUGCUGCUGCCGAGCUCCUGAGAACGCCUGAAAACCUGUACUGUACUCCCCAGAGCCCUUCUCGCUCCCCGCGGCUCCUCUGCCAAGGCGGUUUGCAGCCUCCCCGCCAGCAGCGCCGAGGGCGAUGGGCCCUUCCCUGGCCGGGUAGGCGACAAAUCCUGUUAACUAACUCGGUCGUGUUCGGGAGUUGCUUGUCUGUACGAUUUUAAAAUGGAGUCGAGGGUAGUUCAAGGACCCAAGGAGGUUUUUUUUUUCCUUAAAUUCGUUGAAUGGUGACAUUUAGACCGACCGAGAUGCCCCCCUUUUUGUAACCCUGUGCGCUCCUGGCCUAGGGAUAGAGCACAUUCCAGUGUACCCGGAGAUCCGCGUCUGUAAUCAAAUAAAGCCUGUUGGGAAAGGA